UAUCAGUGGUACCAGACUAAAGCAGCUGACUCGAAUAAUAAACAUGUUUCUGCGAAGAAUUUCAUGACAAGACUUGUGACGUCGCGACUGGAAAAUCCCACCAUUAUAGUAUGAAAACCAGUCGGCGAUUCCACUGAAGUACACAAUCUGAUUUCUGGAUGCAAAGUCUGGUGAGGCGAGUACGACAAAAACACAGAGAACGCAACGGUUUGGACCCAGCAUUGUAUUUCCAGGAGGACAACGGUAGUUGCAGUCGCACCAGUGAGGGCGCCAUGAACCACUUCUCGGCCGAGAAGCUGGAGGAGAUACGACAGCAGAUGGCGCUGCACAGGAAGAACUUGCUGUGUAUCUGCAGAUUAGCAAUAAGAAGUCUUGUUGAGAGAGCGCAUUCUGAAGGUGUGGAUGAUUCCUGUGAUGAAUUCAAGAAUCUUGCAACAAUAUUGGAGCACAUCUUGAGUCACAGACUCAAAGGCCAGAUUUCCUGGUUUGGUCUGGAGGAGCCCAGGGAAUUCUGGGAUUUUAUCAGUGCGGCCUGCAGCUCGCUCCCCCAUAAUUGCAUCGAUAACAUCGCCAACAUGGAGGACGCUAAGAAACCAAAGGCAAAGGGACGAGCCUGGAUUCGUUCUGCUCUGAUGGAGAAACGCUUGGCGGAGUACAUCCAGCACACGCUGAAAGACGAGAAAGCAUUGAAAGCUUUCUUUGGGGAAGGUGCCUUUAUGCGGUCUGAGGAAGCACAACUAGUAGCGGCAGAGCUGGAGAAACUGAACACGAUUGAUUUCAGUUCGUGCCUCAGAGGUGAGAAACUUGAGACUGGUGUGGCGCAUGUCAUCGACUACUCAUCAUAUCUGCAGAUUCUCUUAAGAAAUGAAGAAAUCCGCAGCGAUACAUGCAGCUUACAGGCUGUGGCUUGUGAGACCAAUGGAACUGAGGGGUCGUCUGAAAGCCACAGCCGCAGCCAGGCUGGCAGUACAGCCGACGAGAAAUACACAAGACUACAGGAGCAGUUCCGAGCAGUCUGUGCUCAAAAGGACUAUUUGGAAGACACGAUUCAGCAAAGGGAUCGCCAGCUAGCCAGCAGCAAGACGGAAUGUAAACACCUCCAACAAGCACUGAAGCACACCGAUCAGAUGGCACGGCACGAACACCAGCAACUACAGAAGACGAUCAUACAGCUGCAGGCCAAAGUAGUUGAGUUAGAGGAAGCCAGGCAGAUGGCUCGUGUAAGUCUCGAGAAACACUUGAUUAAGGGCCAGUGGAAUCCCCCAGCACCAGGAUCUGAUGUGACGCCGUCCACCCUAGCUCUCCUAGACCAACCAGAGUCCAUCUCACUGGACAAUCUUCAUCUGGCGCUACUUCCAAAUGAGAUGCCUUCCCCAGACGAAGAGAGUGUUAGGAGUUUGGAUCAGUCCUACAGCAGCCGGCAGUGCGACAGUCCAAGUCCAACCUCGGCCGCGUCCAGUUCUUCAUUGUACGUCCGCUCGGACAGCGAUAGAGGUCAGAGGUCAAUACAGAGGGACAAGGAGGAAACGCAGAGUUUGAUUCCCUUGGCGGGGUCGUUCACAUCACAGAUGAGCGUCAGAUCGACUGAGACCUCCAGCUCUGGUAUGCUUGACUCUGAUACCCACCUUUAUCGAGUUCGUCCCAUGUCCCCAGGAUCAGUUAGUUCAGACUCAUGUGUGUCAUCUGAUGUCAACCAACCCUUAGUCGUUUCAUAGUAAAAAUAGGAUUGCGGU